UCGAGAUCGUUCCAGUACUGCGCCAGGCAACCUUGCCAACGACCACACUUCAAACAUCCCACUUCCAUGAUUCUUAAUAAUCAGAGCGCACGUAAUCCGCCUGCUACCUAGCCAGUCACUCGUUUCGGCAUUAUUCUCCCUUUCAUUAAGUACGGCCUCCCUCUCUCGAGUGCGCCGACCAUGGCCUCCCCAGACCCCAGGGAAUCCGAAACCUCCUACAUCAGAAUGUCGACCGCCGCCGUCGACAGCCGUGGCACAGACGCCAGUCUGGUCGGCUCGCACUGCCAAUACGCCUACUGCAACCAGCUCGACUUCCUCCCUUUCCAAUGCCAGUCGUGCAACAAGACCUUCUGCCUCGAGCACCGCACCGAGGACGGCCACAAAUGCACCAACCCAGGCGCCUGGGCCGCGCGCCGCCGCCAGGCCGAGCUCGCCAGACACUCCGCUGGCGAGGGAAAGCGCAUGCGGGACCUGAUUGGCCAGAAGCCGUGCGCCGACGAUAACUGCAAGACCAUCAUCGGCACCGCGCUCGUUCCCGGCGUGCACUGCGCCGACUGCAACCGCGACUACUGCCUCAAGCACCGCAUGCGCGAGGACCACGACUGCAAGAACAAGCCACCCAUAGGGGCGCGCGCCGCGACCGCCGCCCACGCCACCGCCAUUGCCGACAACGCCAGGAGCGCGCUCGAGAGGCUCAAACUGUGGGGGCAGGCCAAGAAGGAACAGGCGCGGCAGUCGCUGCCGGCGCCGAAACCCCAAUCGAAAGUGGCGCGGACCUUGGCGGUAAACUCACUCAAGAAGACGGCCAAGGGCGACGCAAAGGUGCCGCCUGAAAAGAGGGUGUACUUGUACGUUGAGGCCGAGGCCGCGACGCCGGGGGCCAAGCCGCCCAAGGGCGAGUUUUUCUACUCGCAGGACUGGUCCGUUGGCAAGAUGCUUGAUGCGGCGGCCAGGAGUCUGCAGGUGCAGAAUAAGAAUAACAUGUCGAAUAAUGAGCAGGAGCGCCUACGGGUCUUCCACGUGGAAGGCGGGAGGGUAUUGGAGUUUGGCGAGAAACUGAAAGACGUGGUACAGAGCGGUAAUACGGUGGUCUUGUUGAGAGGUAUUGGGCCGCCGGCGGAUCUGAUUGCUCCUUGAUGCGCCGCGGAAAUAUUUCAUCAUCGUUGGGUCUUCUGCAUGAUCUCGCAUGGCAUGGCAUGGCAUGGCGUUAUUGGUGUUCGGCUAACGGGGGUUUUACGGGCUCGAUGUAUUUAAGAGCGAUAUUGUGACAGUAUUUGCGUAGUGCUUUGGACAGGCGAGCACUCGACGCGGCAUUCCAUGGCACAUAUACAAUCUAUACGGUCAAGCCAAGUGAUAUGUUUACUCAGAUGGUUUGGCUAGCGACAGCAUCUAGGAGGGAAUUCUAACGGAUCUAAAUAUGAGACGAGAUAGCGCCUAGCUCCUUUAUGAUACCUAUAAUA